CACUUGAUGGCAAGAUCAUGCUGUUUACUGCUACGGCCCUGCUGCCAUCACAACCGUGCGUACCCCACGGUCCCGCAACGAGCGAUUGUAUCGGAGAACUGCUGGAGAACGCGAGAAGAAAGAGGAAGGGGUCUCCAUGUCGAUUCAGUGAGCUCACGCACGUUGAACACUCAUCAACGAACGGCGCCGCGACGUUACAUCCAAAAAUGGUAUUUUUUGCCUAACGAUAGCCCGGCCGUCGUCGGCAUUCGCCAACGUCGUCACCGAUCCGCUCGCUGGAACUUGCUGACCGACCUGGUGGAGCCGCAAGGCGUCAGUCCGAGGAAGAGCCAACCAGGAACACGAGAAUGCAGUCGACUGAGCAGCUGCGACCAGAACAGCUGGUGGGUCUGGUGGCCCGUUCGGCCGAGGGCACGGCCGCCAAGGGGAUGCCGAUCAAGGGCCACGAGGACCUCUGGGUGGAGAUCCAGGCCAACACUUUUCGUAACUGGGUGAACGAGCAUCUGAAGCACGCCGGCAACGUGGGCGGCGGCCCCGUGCUAGACCUCGUCGAGGACUUUCGGGACGGCACGCGUCUCUGCGCCCUGGUCGAGGUGCUCACGAAACGCCGUCUGCCACGAUGGAACCCGCGACCGGCAAAUCAACAUCAUCACCUGGAAAAUGUGUCCACGGCAUUGCAGGCUAUCGAGGCGGACGGCGUUAAACUCGUCAAUAUCGGUAACGUGGACAUCGUGAAUGGCAACCUGAAACUGAUCCUGGGCCUCAUAUGGUCACUCAUCGUACGGUAUCAAAUCGGCAAAUCCAAGUUCCCGCCGAGGAAACUCAUGCUCGCAUGGCUCAAGGCUGUCUUGCCAGAAUGUAGAGUCAACAAUUUCACCACCGACUGGAACUCGGGCGUCUACCUGAGCGCGCUUUUGGAUUAUUGUAAGCCUGGUCUGUUUCCUCAUUGGCGACAAUUAGAUGCGGACGAUAGCGUUUACAACUGUCGCAAGGCCAUGGAGAUAUCGAAACGGGAGUUCGACAUUCCCAUGGUACUGGAGCCGGAGUAUCUGGCAUCGCCUUACUUGGACGAGCUCUCGGGAAUGACCUACUUGUCAUACUUCAUGAAGGAAAGCUCGCCGGGCUUCCACGCAACGCUACGAUGGGUCAAUUCGCAAUUAUCACAUACCUCGAUACGGAACUUCACGACGGACUGGAACGAUGGUAGAGUUCUCUGCGGAAUCGUGAGAAAUCUGGGUGGUCCGGCGCCACCCUACGAGAAACUCAACACCGACCCGUCCGCUUGGGAACAUAAUUUGCAAAUGGGUGUCGACGGCGGCAAGAAACUCGGCGUGGAGCCGAUCUUGAAGGCGAAAGACAUGGCGGACCAGAACGUGGAGCAUUUAGGCGUGAUGGCGUACGCGGCGUACUUUCAAUGGGUGAAGCCUCGCCCUCAAGCGAGCCAACAGAUCGCCGUGCACGUCGAUAGCACAUCCGCCCGAGUGCAACAGCCGGCACACUUCAAGCUAGAGAUGCUCACCAAAGAUGUAAAUGCGCGGGAAGUGCGCGGUGAAAUCAUCAGUCCCAGUGGACGCGUAGAAUGCAGACUUACGUGGAACGGAGUUCAUGGCAAAGGCACCUUUGUACCUACAGAAAUUGGCAUGCACAAGCUUAUGGUGUACAACGAUGGCGAGCUGGUGAACGGAUGCCCCUAUUAUUUUAGGGUUCUGCCACCUCUAACGAAAAUCAAAUCUCCGGGUAUGGAUCCUUGCGCCAUAGGAUCUAUUGUCGAAGUUCUAGUCAAUAGUUAUGGAACUAGUCAUGAUGGUAUUGACGUGACCGCGUGGUCUCCGACCGGCAGAUCCCUGCCGUGUCCCGUCAAGGAGAAGGAUGGAGUUCAUACGGCAACCUUCCAGCCCGAUGAGACGGGAGAAUGGAGCAUUGCAAUAACGCAUAAAGGAAAUCACAUACAAGGCGGUCCCUUCACUUGCUUUGUGUUUGAUCCUAAUGGAAUCAAGCUCUUGGACACCGAUGGUGCCAUGCCCGGACAAGCAUUCUCGUUCAUCGUCGAUGCACGGGGAACCGGCGGACUUGGCGACGUGAUCAUCGACAUUGUCCACGACAAGCAGUCAAUACCCUACCGAAUAGAGGAUUUUGGACACAUGCAGUACCGUGUGUCCUUUGUGCCCGGCGACGCUGGUAAAUACAGGGUAUACAUGUACUUUAACGGCUCGGAUGUGCGUGGUUCGCCGUUCUCUAUACGAGUGGGCACGCAAAAAGGUUCUCGAAGAUCGAAGGAGUCCACGUCCAGUCUAGAGCGAUCCAAAGUGUCUUCCCUGGAACGACGAAUGAACGGAUUAAAUAUUUCCGCGACAGAACGGACCAGUCCAACCCAGAAGUUAUAUACGUCUACUGUAUAUAAAUCCAUCAGUCCAACGCAGCGUGGUUAUUCGCCGAUCCAUCAGGCUAGUCCAACCUACAAGGCGUCCAGCAAUUAUAUCACUGAGAAUUCCACCACCUCGAGCUACCACACCACCAGCUCACUGAAUCGCACCCUCUCGCCGAAUCAUCUCAAUCACAGUCCUGUACAGAGGAACAUGCAUAGUCCAUCGGUGCUAAAGGAGACAAAGGGCAUUUACGAUAGAAGCGCAUAUAAUCAUAAAUCGUCGAAUUUGCAAAGUCCUACCCUUAUCAAGGAAUCUAAGGACAUUUAUUCAUCUAGCACACUGAAUAGAUCGCGAUCGCCGGAUGCGAGUCCGAUCGGAUCCGUCAUCAAAGAAUCCAGAGAUAUCUACAAUUCGGAAUCUCUGAAGAGAUCGCACUCGCCGCCGCGCUCGAGUCCUUAUCACAACACCACGAGUCCUAUCCAGAGUCCUGUAAAUCGCAGCUUCAGUCCAAGAACCAGCGAUAAAGACGUAUCAUUCAGCAAACGUGGAUCUAUUGACAACGGCGUCGUGGAUACCAGCAGCAACGUACGGGUGUCUUCGAUGGUAGGCAGUACUUCCAGGCGCGAUUCCUGGGACGCGAUCGCCAAGACGAAGUCCCUACUGUCGUACGGCAGUUUAGAAUCCCUAGCGAAUCUGACCAACAACUCGCCGACCGCAGAGAAUCAGAAUAACAGUCCGAACAACAACUUUCUGAACAACAAUUACAAGAACGGGCAGAGUCAUAUCACGAAGAACGUGUCGACGCAUUCCGCGACGACGAGUUACUCAUCCGUACAGAAAUCUUCAAGUCCCGAUUACGGCGCUGGACAAAAAUACGACGAUGGUCAGACGACCACUCGUCAUCACGGUAUCCUGAAGAACAAGAACAACUACUACGGCAAGAGCGUAGACACGACGGAUGGUACCGCGACGCACGACAGAUACUUGAAUAACGGCGGUUCCGUUUACGUAUCCGCGUCGUCCGGCAGAACGACGAGCUCGGCCGUCGCCACCGGAAGUGCGCUGGAAACGCUGCCAGUACAUCGGCCGACCACUUUCAGCGUCAACUCCGGCGUGGAUCCCAAUAAGGUGUCCGUCACCGUUACCGGUCCCAGCGGCAAGACCGUACCGGUACAGAAAUCGAAGCUGCGUGGCUUGAUGUAUACCAUCACCGCCGAAGAGGUCGGCGAACACGUCAUCCAGGUCCUGGUGAACGGUCAGCACAUCAAGGGAUCGCCUUUCAGAUCGCAAGCGUACAACGCUCGAGCUAUACAAGUUGGGAACAUCCCGAACGGAGUGGUGAACCAGCCGGUGGAAUUCGAAAUUGACGGAUCGAGAGCCGGCUCGGGAAACUUGGAGAUCCUUGUGAACGGGGGACACGUUACGAGUUUUGUGAGAGCGCUAGGUAGUCAGCGUUUCCUGGCGUCGUUCGUGCCACACGAAGCGGUUACGCACUUGGUCGAAAUGACGUUCAACGGGGAAGUCAUCCCUGGGUCACCUUGGCGAGUUGGCAUCAUGCCUGCACCGAAGAUGUCAGUGAUCGGUGAUUCAAUCAGGCUGGUUCCUGCUGGUAGUCCUGCUGUCUUCGAGCUGUCUGCACUAGGCUUCAGCAGCAGCGAGAUCGACGUCAAGAUUAUAACACCCUCAAAGAGACACAUCUCUGCGAGGAUUGACGAAGAGCCAGGACGAUCCGGCGAGUUUCGCGUCGAAUUUACACCAACUGAAGUAGGCAGCCACCUGGUGGAAGUCAGCAUCGCGGGACAAAAGCUACCGGCAGGACCCCUCGUCGCCAAGGUGUACAAUAGUAGUCUCAUCCAAGUUACUGACGUACCUAGCGCCGUAGUUGGCCACGCCUGUCAAUUCAGAGUGGAUGCCAGCGCUGCGGGAGAAGGCCAACUAGAAAUCUCUAUAAAUGAGGGAGAAGUGCCCAAUCAUGUUCAAGUAGUGGGUGGUGGUCGUUGUCUUGUAUCCUUCACCCCCGAAAUCGCCAAGCCUCACUACAUCGACAUCAAGUUUAACGGAGAAGCAGUACGUGGAUGUCCCUUUGUCUGCAACGUAUCUGACACGAGCAGAGUUACAUUGAGUAUGAAUCAUUUAGAACUAAUUCCUGUCAAUCAUCCUGCCAGCUUCCACAUGGGAGUUGACGGAAGUGGCAGUGCAGAGCUAGCGGUUUCCGUAAGGGGACCGAACAGCGAAUUGCCAGUCAAAGUUACUGGCGACGUAAGUAACGGCUUCACCGCCGAAUUUAUACCAAGGGACGUGGGUGUACAUUCAAUCAGCGUAGAAUACAACGGUUAUCCCGUAAAUGGCACGCCGUUUUUAGCCAAAGCGUUCAAUGCUGAUAAUGUGCUAAUAGGACCUGUAGCUAGAGGCAGUGUUGGUCAACCGACCCACUUUACCGUCGAUGCGAGUCAAGCUGGUGAAGGAAAUUUAGAGAUCACGAUAUCGGCUCGCGGGCAAAAUAUACCGACGCAAGUAACACCGCAAGGAAACGCGCGAUUCUCCGUUAGCUUUGUACCAUUUGAAGCGUCCGAGCACGUCAUUAAUAUAGCCUUCAAUAAAAAAACCGUGCCUGGUUGCCCUAUAGUGACACGUGUGGGUGGCGACAGCCACGUAACCGUGAGUGGGCAGGCACUGAGCAGCGCUGGAUUAGGACGGCAAAGCUAUCUGACUGUCAGUAACGUUGCCGGUAGCUUGGAAGAUUUAGAAGUUAAUGUUGAAGGGCCCAAUGGACAGGCCGUACCUGCUCAGGUCACCGACAACAAAGACACAACGUGCAGCGUCGCAUUCACACCGAGAGUUGUCGGCGAGCACCGAAUAUCGGUCAGCUACCGGAACAUUCCGGUGGCCGGUAGCCCGUUCAGCUGUAAGGUGUACGAUGUCGCUGCGAUAAAGGUGAAGGAUGCCAAACGCGGUGUCAUCGGAUUGCCCGUGACUUUCCUGGUCGAGACCAGCCAGGCGGGACCGGGUAAUCUGGAAGUCACCGUCAACGGGGGACGAGUACCGACGUCGGCUCAGGCGCAAGGUCCUCACACGUAUGCGAUCUCGUUCACACCUCGAGAACCGAUCGUGCACACGGUGGACUUGCGAUUCAACGGGGAGGAUGUGCCUGGUAGCCCGUUUAGUUGUCAGGUCAGCGAUACGGCAAAAGUGCUAAUAACCGAGGGACUUGAGAAAGUAUCUGUGAAUCGUGUCGCGACCUUUACAAUAGAAGCCGACGCGUCUCUCGGUUCGCCCAUCGUCGAGGUGCUCUCACCUACUAGAGAAAGUUUAUCUGUACACAUCAAGCAAAACAGCCACGGUGUCUACACCGCAGGAUUUACUCCAAAGGAUGUUGGUGAUCACAGCGUCGAGGUAAAGCUCAGCGGAUCGCAUGUGGAAGGCAGCCCGUUCCUUGUCAAGGCUUAUAACGCUGACAAAGUCAAAGUAACGGAUAUAAAUAGCGGAGUCGUCGGCAAACCGGUGUUCUUCAGCAUUAACGCCAGUCAAGCAGGAGCUGGAAAUUUGGAAAUUAUAGUAGCGGUAAACGGCAAGAAUGUUCCGAAUUACGUGCAAAGCGAGGGUAAUGCAAAAUUUAGGGUCAAUUUUAAGCCACAAGAAGCCGCUGUACAUAGUCUCAGUGUCCGUUUCAAUGGAGAACCGGUUCCAGGUUCACCGUUCAGCUGUAAAGUAGUAGGUGCCGGCCAAACAGUAAUCAGUGGUCACAAUCUGAAGAUGGGUGCGGUGAAGCGACUGGUAUCCUUCAAUGUGGAUCCGCAGACUCCGUCCACGAAUUGCGACAUUAUCGCGACGCCACCGUCGGGCAUCGCCCUACCUAUCACCAUCGAACCCGUCGACGGCAAGUACAACGUAAGUUUCGUACCCACGGAAGUCGGCAGACACAACAUCAGCGUUCUGAUAGACGGCGAAUCCAUUAAAGGCUCUCCGUUUGCUUGCAAUAUUUACGAUGUGACUAAGGUGCACGUAUCUGGCCUUACGGAAGCGUUAUUAGGUCAGGCGACUACGUUUACCGUCGACGCCGCGGAAGCCGGCGAGGGAACGCUAGAACUGGUCGUGAGCACGGAAAAUAAUACCGUUAAAGCCGAAGUGGUGGCCUGCGCACGUGGACUAUAUGACGUUACAUUCGUGCCACAAACAACAAGCGCGCACUACGUUAAUAUCAGUUUCAAUGACGACAACGUGCCAGGGAGUCCAUUUAAAUGUCCCGUGGUUAGCAGCAUGUUACAUGGUCCGUCGAUGAUUCGAGUCGGUAAUACGGCUUACAUAGAUCUGGACAUGUCCGACUUGAAUGGUCCUGUAGCAGCGGAAGUAACUGGUCCAGACGGAAUAAUCAUUCCUUGCACGUUGACGAAGUUAUCGUCCAGUUUAUAUCGUGUGGAAGUUCGAACACGACAAGUGGGAACGUACAGUAUAAUAUUCAAUGACGGGCACAAGAUGGUCAGUUCACAAACGCUGCAAGCUUUCGAUCCUGGCAAAGUUUCCAUCAAAGAAAUAACAGAUGCGGUUUGUCAUCGACCCGGAACUAUUUUAGUUAUCGCGUCGAAGGAAGCUGGUCCCGGAAAAUUAUCGGUCAACGUACGUGCGGGCGGUGCGGAUGUUGACAGUCUAGUGAGAGAAGGAGAGAAUGGCGUUUACGAAAUCAUAUUCCAUCCAACACGCGCAGCACCUCACAAAGUUCACAUAAAAUACAACGAAGUUCAUAUACCUGGCAGUCCUUUGGAUGUGACAGUACGUGGUCCUACUGGAGGACGAGAAGUGACUGCGACAGGAUUGGGUCUGUAUCAAUCGUGUGUUGGGAAGGUGACAUCCUUCACUAUCGAAACUCUCGGACGUCCUGGCAAAGAAUUCGAUGUCGUUAUCAGCGGUCCUCAGGGUAACGCCGUCCCCGUACGUUGUUAUCAGCAUCGCGAUGGCAAUCUACUCGCCGAAUUUACAACGAAUGGCGUUGGCACAUAUAAAAUCGACGUGCUUCACGGUGCAAAACCAGUGUUGGGUUCGCCAUUCUUUUGCCAGGCUUUUGAUGCUUCUAAGGUGAAACUUCAGGAGUUGGGUCCCAUGACGAUUUCAGUUCACGAUCACAUCGCAUUUAAACUGAUGAAAGGCGACGCCGGCAUGGCUGAUUUGGACGUGACGGCGACGAGUCCAUCGGGCCAGGAGAUCCCGCUGCAAGUCACUCCGCUCAACGACGGCGCCGAGAUGAUCGAAUUCUCACCCAGUGUACCUGGCACUUAUAUGAUCAACGUCACAUAUGGCGGAUGCUCCGUACCUGGAAGUCCAGUCAUAUGCACCGUUGAUUCGGCCGGACAAGCUCGCGCCAAAGGUGAAGGAUUGCUGAGCGGUCACGUGGGUAAACCGACGCACUUUAUCGUCACCGGUACGAGAAGUCCGCCAGCGGUCCAGGUGGAUGGACCAGACAGUGUUGCUAAGGCUACUAUCGAGGCAGGCGCUAAUCCAGGUACCUGGAAUGUGUCUUACGUACCGGCUGAGGUCGGAGUGUUCGACGUGAGAGUCGUCUCAGCCGGACAGCAGCUGCCGGGAUCUCCAUGGCAUCCGAAGAUCAUAGACACGCGGAAUCUUCGUGUUAUCGGUGGCUGGUCCGCUGUGUGCGAUGAUAUCGGACGAUUAAAAGUGCAUCCUUCGAACAAAAUCAGCUUCGAUACUGCGGAGGCUGGACCCGGUGAAAUUAACGGAAUUAUCGGCGAUCACCCUCUCUCUUUCGAAAUGACGUCUAGCAACAGACUGAAGCUCGUCCCGCCACAGAUAAGCAGCGGUGAACAUCGUCUAGAAUUACUCUUCAAUGGUACACCGUUUCCCGGUGCACCGAAACUCGCGGUCGUGCAGGAUAUGGAGCCACCGGUCCAGGAUUCAAGUCGAGUAUUGCUCAAAGGACGAGGAUUGACGUCGGCCAAGUGCGGUGAGGAAGUUAGUUUCACCAUAGACGGUUCUCAAGCCGGAAACGGAACUCCGAAAGUACAAUUAUUCUCGCCUACUAGCGAACUCAACGUUAUGUUACAACAUUUAGGAGACAGCGUUUAUCGUGCAAGUUAUAUCCCAUUAACCCCGGAUCCUCUCUUGAUGACUGUGUCGUGGAACGGAAGACAAUUAAAGGGCUGCCCAUUGCAAAUUAACGUCACGAGCGCGGCUGACGCAUCUAGAGUCAUCUGUUCCGGAGAUGGAUUGAAGCACGGUAUCGUCGGUCAAGAGAUACGAAGUUUCAUCGAUACUCGAAGAGCUGGGCCAGGCGAGUUAACGGCGCAUUGCGUCGGACCACACAAAGUAGCCUACUGCGAGCUGUAUGAUCACGGCGAUGCCACUUUCACGUUGAAUGUGAAACCACAAGAGGCAGGUCGGCACGCGCUAACGAUUAAAUACGCUGGAGAACACGUUCCCGGUUCUCCGUUUACGUUGCGAGUCUCCGGAGCUCCGGAUGCUUCAAAGGUUCGCGUUUACGGACCGGGAAUCGAACAUGGUGUGCUGGCGACUUUCCAGUCGCGAUUUAUUUGCGACACGCGAGGCGCCGGAGCUGGUCAGCUCACGGUAAGAGUACGAGGACCUAAAGGAGCGUUCAGAGUGGAGAUGCAGCGAGAGACUCAAAAGGACCGAAUCAUUCUCUGCCGAUAUGAUCCUACGGAACCCGGGGAUUACAGAGUGGAAGUUCGUUGGGCUGGUGUCCUGGUGCCAGGGUCUCCGUUCCCCGUUAAAAUUGUCGACACGCAGGACGAAUUGCUAAUGCUUACUCAGGGCGGAGAUAAUUAUUCGACGGGCCAUCAUACUAUCACAUCGUGGCGUGGAUCGCAAGCUAUAUUGUAGAAACGUCGCAGCUAACAAACAUUGUUAUUAUUUUGUAUGAACUAAUAUAUUUGAUAAUAUAUAUGGUAAUUAUUGUAACUUAUGCAGAAAAAAAAACGUUUGCAAUAAACUCUCAACAUUCCAUUUAAA